AUGGGGGACCUCCUGGUCUUGAAUGGGGCAACCGUGCCCCUGAAGGACCUGGUGCUCAGUUGGUCAGCAAAGGACACCUCAGCAGUCCUCUCCAUCUUGUUUGCAACCCAAGAGAUCACCCGGCAUCUUAAGCAUUUAGCCAAUGUCACCCUGGGCUAUAGCAUCUAUGAGGCUGCUUUUGAUGUCAGGACAACUGCCGAUGCCAUGCUAGACAGUAUUCCAAACUACAGCUGUGGAAGAAAGAAUAAUGUGUUGGCUGUUUUUGAAGCAACUUCUUCUGAAAUCCCCAGCCAGAUUUCAAGCAUGUUAGGCAUCUACAAAAUGCCCCAGAUCAGUUUUGGCUCUGCUGCUCAUGAUCUGAAUGACAAAACUCAGUUCCCUUUUAUCUACCGGAUGAUCCCCAAAGAAGAAACCCAGCACGUGGGGAUUGUCAAGUUGUUGCUACAUUUCGGGUGGACGUGGAUCGGUCUCUUUGUUCCAGACAACGACAAUGGAGAAAGGUUCCUGAGUGUUUUCACCCUUCUGCUGAUCCGCAGUGGGAUUUGUGCUGCUUUCUUGGAAAAAAUUCAGAUGUUGACCCUGUCCUCCUUACAUUUUAAACUAUCUGUUUUGAGACAAGUUAAGGUGUUUGUUUAUUAUGGGGACUCUGAACACAGAAUUUAUCCAAUCGUACUGUUACAAAGAAUUCAGGAAGUGGGGAAAUCUCAGGGGAUACUCUGGAUCACAACAGAUCUUCUGGACAUUGAUGAGAUGUUGUUUGGUGGCAAAGAUUACUUCCAGCCUGCCCAAGGUUCUUUGUCCUUUGUAAUGAAUACCAAAAAACGGACAGAACAUGGCUACUAUACUCGACUUUCAUUUGAAGCUAUAGCUGUAGCUGCAGAGUUUUGGUCAAGAGCAUUCAGUUGUACAUGUUCAAACAAUGUGCUGUCCACGGAGGGUUGGACAAGAUGCACAGAAAAGGAACAACGGGAGACUUUGUCCCAGGAGGAGAUGGAGGCAAUCUGGUCUGAAGACCGCUACAGCACUUACUACGGCGUCCAGUUUGUGGCUCAGGCCCUAAAUGCUGCAUAUUCAUCCAGAUCCAAAUGGAGGUUAAUGGUGGGUGAAGGAGACAGAUUGGAACUUCAAAGGCUGCAGCCAUGGCAGUUGGUCAGCAAGGACACCUCAGCAGUCCUCUCCAUCUUGUUUGCAACCCAAGAGAUCACCCGGCAUCUUAAGCAUUUAGCCAAUGUCACCCUGGGCUAUAGCAUCUAUGAGGCUGCUUUUGAUGUCAGGACAACUGCCGAUGCCAUGCUAGACAGUAUUCCAAACUACAGCUGUGGAAGAAAGAAUAAUGUGUUGGCUGUUUUUGAAGCAACUUCUUCUGAAAUCCCCAGCCAGAUUUCAAGCAUGUUAGGCAUCUACAAAAUGCCCCAGGUCGCACCUCGUUCAAGAUGCACCGAAAGCUGUUGCCCUGGAUAUGCCAGAGUGGCUAAAGAAGGAGAGCCCGUUUGCUGCUAUGAUUGUGCUCCUUGUGCGGAAGGGACCAUCUCCGUUCAGGAAGAUGCAAAGCAUUGCACCAAAUGCCCAGAAGAACAGCAUGCAAAUCAAGCAAGAGACAAAUGUGUCCCCAAGAUUAUAACAUUUCUCACUUAUGAAGAACCCUUGGGGAUCCUCCUGGUUUCCUUUGCUCUCUUCUUGUGCUUAACCGCUUGUGUUGUGCUAGGAAUCUUCAUUAAAUACAUGAAAACUCCCAUAGUCAAAGCUAACAAUCGAGACUUAUCCUAUAUACUCCUCAGCUCCCUCCUGCUUUCCUUUUUGUCCUCCUUCCUGUUCAUCGGCCGACCAAGCAAAGUGACCUGCCUCCUCCGACAAACAGCCUUCAGCAUCAUCUUCUCAGUUGCCGUCUCUUCUGUGUUGGCAAAAACCAUCACUGUGGUGCUGGCCUUUCUGGCCACAAAGCCAGGGAACAAGGUGAGGAGAUGGCUGGGGAAGAGUCUGGCCAACUCCAUUGUCCUUUCCUGUUCCAGUAUGCAGGUUGUCAUCUGCACCAUCUGGCUAGGAAUCUUUCCACCCUUCCCAGACUCCGACAUGCAGUCCCAAGCUAGAGAGAUCAUCCUUCUAUGCAAUGAGGGAUCUGUUGCCAUGUUCUACACUGUCCUUGGCUACAUGGGCUUCCUGGCAGCCAUCUGCUUCACGGUGGCUUUCCUAGCCAGAAAGCUUCCCGGGUCCUUCAAUGAAGCCAAGCUGAUCAGCUUCAGCAUGCUGGUCUUCUGCAGUGUUUGGGUGUCCUUUGUGCCCAGCUACCUGAGCACCAAAGGGAAGUUCAUGGUAGCUGUGCAGGUCUUCUCUAUAUUGGCCUCCAGUGCUGGACUUCUGGGCUGCAUCUUCCUUCCCAAGUGCUACAUUAUCAUACUCAGGCCUGAUCUGAACACAAAGGAACAUCUAACUUCAAAAAGUGAAGGUGGUAGUGUCUGA